AUUUUACUUAAACUAAUUAGUGAAGUAAUAAAAAGCAUUAUGGGAGAGCCAAAAGUCUCAGUUGAUACAGUAAUAAUAACUAACGGGAAAAGGCUGUUUUGAAGAGCAGUGCUAGGGACAUUCUUAAUUACGCUAACAAUUCUUUAAAGUAAAUGAAGAGUAGUUGGGUUUGAAGUUAUGCUAAGUGGCUAGGGACUCAGUCUAGCAUAAAAUCUGUGUUCAUGAUUAUAAUAAUUGGGUGCAAGUUAUUACAUGUGCUAUCGUUUCCCUUUGGUUUUUAUGGGUUUAUUGAUGUGAGAAAGGUGUAGGAAUUUAGCCUGCUUUAUUUCAAACUUCAGGAGUUAAAAUAAACUACAGCUGUCUCUAGUUGUCCUUACGUUAUAAGGCUAUCUUUAAAUUGACUAGGAACAAAUGUGAGCUAACCUGAGGUAGAGGGUAGAUGGACCGUCCAGAGGACCCUGCUCCUGGGAAAUAUGCUCUAGAGGACCCUGCUUGAGCAGGGAGGUUGGACUAGAUGAUCUCCAGAGGUCCUUCCCAGCCUAAACCAUUCUGUGUUGUGGUCAUUUAGCUGUACUGACUUAAAACUUAUAUUGACUUACAUUUCAAUUAACGGAAACACCAGUUCUAUUUUUGUUCAUUUGCCCUAUAUAUGCACCAGCAGCACAGCGGAAUCUGCUACAAUGAUGAAGUUGGGCACAAAAUGGCAGGUGGAAAUGAUGUGGAUAAUUAAUGCUUGAUUUGUUUGUUUAUGUAUUUAGUGUCGAUGAAGUUGCUUUGCUCUCUGCCUCACUGGAAUAGCGUCAUGUAGCAUAGAAAGAAAAAAGGGAUCCGAUUCACAGAUAAACAACAAGUGCCCAUAGAAAGGGAACUCCUAUCUGUAUUUAAAUAAACAACCCUGCUUACAGAAGAGAUUAUUCUAGACAUCAUGAACAUCAAUGACUUUGUAGUACUCCCAGGUUCAAAAACUGGAACCUCAGUGAAAUUAAAAGCUAAAAAUGUCAGAGAGUUGCAGUUGGAGAAAGUACAGUUAGAACUAGAAAACAAGGAGAUGGAGAAGAAAUUACGGCAACUACAAUCAAACAUGAAUAGAGAAAAAGAAGAGAGAAAGAAAUCAAGGGCUUAUCACUGGAGAUGUGGACAGGCAGGACCAAUGACCAUCCAAGCUCGAGUUUUGUCACAGAACCAAAAAAACAAUAGUAAGGUUUCUUCAGGAAAAGUGAAACUGAAAAUACUCAAAGAACAGAUUAGAGAGCCAAUGGAACAGUCAUUUAAGUGUGAAAUGGCAAAUGCUGUAGCUUAUGAAACUUCUGAAAUGAAGGGAAUGCUAUGUGGAAAAUGUGAAACAAACAAUGCAUUACUGACGGAAGCCUGUAUACCUGUUGGAAAAUUGGAAAUUGCCCAUCGGUUCAUCAAAGAAGUAAAUCUGGAUGAAUCAAAAAUUAAUCUUGAGCAGAAGAAAAUAAAUAACAGGCAUCAGCUCACAUCAGACAAGUCUUCAUCUCUGCUAACAUCAGUGGGCAGUGGUGAGUCCUCGGAAUCAAUCUGGACAGGCCUUGAAAAUCAGGAGAGUGGGUUAUUACUACAUGGUACGUUUAAUGAGGAAGAAUCUACGCAGUCGUUUCAGGAAGCUCUGAUUCAGUGGAGAAGUAGAUAUUGUGAUCGCAGAACUGCAAUGAAUUCCAGUGAGGUCCUAUCAGAAACUGUGGGAGUUUGUGAGGUACAGACCCGCCUUACUGUUACAAAAGAACCUAUCCAAAUUGAAUUCAAGGAGGACAGCCUGAGCUACAUGGAAAAACUCUUGCUUAAGAAAUACAGAAGAACUCCUGUUAAUCAAGUUUCUAGUAAUCAGGUAAACAAUUUAAGGCCUGUACAAACGCUGGAUGAACAUCAGGCUGCUGUUGGAGGAGAAGGAGGUGGAAAAGGAGAUGAUGGUGGUGAUGAUGAUGACUUAACAGUUGAAGAUAUGAAGAGAUAUUGGGCACCUGUUUUCAGAGAGAAAGUACCUAACGCUGUUUCUGAGAGUGCAGAGUCGUCUCUGAAAAUUGAGGUCCUUGAUGAUUCUUAUGACAAGGACUUGGAAGAAUCAUCUGACUUUUUGGUGAUGGAAGCUGGGGCUAUAGGAAUGAAUAAGCAAAGAAAAACGGAACCACUCGAGCAGUUUAGAAGUAGUGUAGCAACUGCAGAUCAUAGAAACUCAAUACCAGACCUUUUGCCAACAAAAACUGUAGGCGUAAUGAGAAAGUCAUCUGGUCAGUCGACUUCUACAGCUGACACUCAAUAUCUUCUACCUCUUCCUCUUGUUAGAAGUCCUGUUUCUUCUAAAGAGACUUUUCAAGAAAUAAUGGUUUUCUGCGAUCACCUUGAAAGAAAUGCAGUGCAAAAGGAGAGUAAGAUAAAGACUAUGGGAGGAAUGCUUAGCUCUUGUAAACUCUCUGAGAAGACCUCUAACCCUACGAAACUAGUGAGCAACAAAUAUCUCUUUGAGAUGCAAUUACGGGAAGAUAAAGACUCACAAAUAUUGGAUGGCACCAGCAAUAGCCAGAGUUUGGUUUCGCCUGUAAUUGCAAAGUCCUCAGUGUUGUUACAGGAAGUAGCCCACAGAGAGAAACCUGUUUCUACAUGGUACUGGGGACUUGAAGGUUUCUUUGUUUUAGGUGUAAGCCCUAAACAAGUAAUUCUGAAAGCAUGUUCUUCACUGUGUGCUGACUGCAAUCCGGCAAAAAAUAGUAUUUUAUUUUCAGGAGAUGAAGAGUGGGUUAUUGACAGAAGCUUAAGUGAAUAUGCUGAUAACUCUGUUGUCCAAGGUGUCUUAGAAAAUCAAAGGAACAGACAUUCAAAUGGUUUGGAAAGACAGGACUCUCCAAACAGAAUGUCUCCCCUGAUGGUAGUGUACCCUGGGAAUGAUUCUAGAAGACCAUGGUCAACAAAUAUGCUAGACUGUAAAUUGGCUGAAAAUCGUCCAACUCGGCCAAGACCAAGGAGUUCACCUAUGCGUCCAUUAAGAGUUGUUCCCGAGAUAUCAAAAGACAAGUGCCUUGAUGCAACUGAACAAGAUGGGGAUCUUUUGGGAUAUAGGGCUGACCAGGAAGCCCUACUUACUCUGGGAAGAGAGUUACAAAGCUAUACAAGUCCUCAGGAAAAACUUUGCAGCUUAACUUGUGAAGGCUUUCAUAGUACCCAUUUCCAUAAAAAUCAGGAACUAAAAGACCACAGCAGAGCUGAUACUGUAAGGGGCUGGGAUGAAAGCCAAAUGGAUGACGAGGAAGAAAUUCUGAAGGAUAAGCAACAGGUUCUUGCGUUACAGUGAACAUACAAAGAACUUAAUGCAAUUGUUAUUCUUUUAUAUAAGAUACAAAACCAAGAAGCAGAUGGAGAGGUGUCUUGAGUGCUGCAGAUGUUAUUUAUAAGGAUCAUUGUCUAAGUCUGUGAAUAAAAAUGCUUAGUUACCUGGUUUUGACUUUUUUUCUUAG